GGUUCGUCUUUUUUUCCACACUUGUCAAUCCCCAGAUUCUGUUUCAACGCCUCGUUUUGUCCUCCACCCGUCAAGACGCCAUCGUUGUCACCACCCAUUCUACUGAUGCUGCUGGUCUUCGUGUAAUGGCCAAGGUUGAACUACUGUAAAGCCCAGAGGACUGUGGACAUCUCAGCAGAGGCCGGUUGAUCUUACGUCUCACUCUCCGGCUACUUUUUGGGUCAUGUCGACGUCAAAGAUUAAUGAUGAGACCAUUCGUGGACGACAUCUCGAUCCUUGAUCAUGGCACCGCAGUUCCUCUUUGUCAACAAAGAUGCGGGCAGCGCGUCCCUUACGCGCAGUAAUGCCGUAGAACAAACGGCCAUCAAUUCCUAUGUCCAACGGGGUCGCCGACAUAAACGAUCCGCCCAUAACAAAGGCCGCGCCGGCACUCAGGGCCGGCGCUCUACCAAACCAGACAAGAAAGGUGAUACUGAUGAUGAGCUUGAUCUUGUUUCAGGCAGCACAACGGCGACCUCUGCUGCCUCCUCUCUUCCAGAUGAUGAGUCUUCUCAAAGCGGGGUUAAGAUCCCGAAAUCGCUGUCCUCCCGUUCUGGCCCCAAAUCCAAAGCUGCUCGCAUCACAGCUUCCAGCAAGGCACGGCCGAAGGUGCAAUUCACCCAGCGCUCUGAUCGUGGUCAAUCACCAUCGAAUGUCAAGUCCCGUAAGAACAUGGACAAGACCAUCCUGCUACUAAACCCUUCCAGCGCUCUGAACUCUCCUCGGGACAUCAGCCAAGUCACGUCGACUUCUAUUGAUCCUUUUGGCCACUCGGUUGUCAAGAUGGAUCCACAUGUUGCAGAGCUCUGUCGUUAUUUCUGUGACAAGUUCCAUCCCAGUGUCUGGCAUGCGGAGAGCUGGACUCUCAAGGGGCAAUAUACUCACCAGAGCACUUCCAGUGCCAUCAUACAACGAGCCAUGCAGAAUGAAGUGGAAAUGAAUGCGAUAUUGGCCUGUAUGGCGGCCAGGAUCGAAAAUGUUGAUCUCAUUCCAGGCCAACAAACCGAUAGAUUCAUGGGCAACGCCCUAGUUGCGGUAAGGAAGCGGUUCAGCUCGCUCAGCUCGGCUUCGAAACAUCAGCUACUAUUGAUCAUCUUCCACCUCUAUGCGGGCGAAGCGUACCGACAAAACUGGCAAGCGGCCCGGAUACACAUGCGCGCUGCAAAAGAUUUGUUCAAUUCCUGGGGCGGACUGGCUCAUGUUCCUGAUCAGUCCAUCAGGGAGUCCUUCAUUAUCGGGGAUGGCAACGUUUCUGCCUGUCUUAUGGAACCCUGUGAACUGCCCUGUGAAUACGACCCAGGUCCCUACUUUACGGUCACGCCUCCGGAGAUGCUCCUGGAGGCACCACAAGAUCUAAGCACAAUAGCGCCUGCCUUUCGGGGUAUAUUGGCUGAUGGCUACCUUCCCUCCGACCUCGCCGAGGUCCUUCUCGAGGUUGUCGAAUGUGCCUGGGUGCUGCGGUAUGCUCGCACGGGUACAUCACCACAGGCAGCCAAGCAUGCCGCAAGAUGGCUGCUGUGGCGCAAUUCCGCCGUCCGCUACCGAAUCCUGGCCACACAAUACACGGAUAUGGCCCACGAAGCUAUUCGCACUGCCCUGUUCAUCUGGGUUGUAACUGCCAUGGUAGUGCCGCUUGGAGUGAUGAGAAUAGCAGAUCUCAAUGCUCCAAGACUAAUGCGCGCUUUACAGGCGGCCAAAUGGCCCACGCAUAAAUGGAGGGGCUUAUUUGAAGUUAAAAUGUGGGUGCUCGCUAUCGGUGCCCAGGCUGCGCGCCUCGAUGGUCACGAGGAAAAAUGGUAUCUGGACCAGCUCUUUGAAGUCGGCAUGGUGGAGAACAUUCGAAGAUAUCGCGAGCGCAAUCCGGACGUCGAGACGGCAGAUGUCUUGAGGCAAUUUCAUCAGAGAUUCUUCUACUACGAGCCCAUUCAACGGCCAAGAUUGGAAAGACUAGCGCACCUCAUUGGCGGCAGUGUUGACUUUGGUUCAAGGUCUGCUUCGAGCAGCAGUCCGACCGAUAGGACUAGCAAAUCUCGAUCUCCACCCUGACUUGACUUCUUCAACCUGACGAGUACAGUACGAAGAUCGUUGCUUGCGUGCGUGUGGGGAUACUCCUCCCUUGGGGUUGGAGGCUCUUUCUUUCGGCUCUAUCCUGCAAGGAUCUAGGUGAGGGAUAUUGAUCUCGGGGGAAAUGUGAGGGUACGAAGUACUUCGUACUAUAUGUCCCAUACGGCUAAUGAUGUUCAACUAAUUUCGCUGCGGCUUCAUGUGGAGGGACCCGCAUCUCGCUUUGCGCUCGAUACUUGUACUUGUAGUUGCGGUGUUGCACAUGCACUCGAGAGAACCAUCGGAGCAUUCUCCAGGAACCGGGGCAUGAGUGGAUACAGGGCAUCGCUGGAUCUUCCGAGUAGGGGACUCACGACCUCCCUAUCCCGAACGCCAUUCCGUUUGAAACGUCUGUACGGUAGACUCAACGGAGGGGCAACGGACCACCCAUUUGUCCCCAGGGCGAGAUUCUCUCGAUCUAUGGUUUUGUCGGCUUACCAGGAGGGCAAAGAUGUUCAGCGUAUUUGAGAUUGUACGGUACUCAGUCCUCAUCUGCUGCACAUUUAUUGGUAUGGACGGCAAUAAUGAACGUCCACAGGAUCGAAAGCAGAUACUAAAGAGGGAAAAGAUCCCUGGUCUGAUAACCCCAGAAUAAGGGGCGAUCCCUUUGCUGAUGCUCUUCAUUCGCGUGGAGAUUUGGUCGACGAAAAGAACGAGGUGACGGAGGUUCUUGGACUAUCUGCCCUAAGUCAGAUUGCAAAUUGUCGACUUUUGGCAUGAAGCGUGAAGACUCGUCUGCAUUCGGACGUGUGCAGAUGUAGUACUUGGUGGACUGUAGAUCAAACGAGAUGAAGUAGCAUGAUUAAGAAAAUGAGGUCGGAACCCCUGUUCUUCC